CAAUACCAUUUCAUUGUUCACACACCCACCAAAAAAGGGUUAGUGAAUUAAUUCCAUUUCGGAAAAUCUGGAGAAUGAAUCCUGCAGCUAUUUAUUUGGAUUUGUAGAGGAAGAAACUUACUUAAGGGUGAGAAACAGUAGAGACAAGAGAGUAGAGAGGGCGUGUGUAGAUCUGUAGAGUAAUGGCGGCUGCUGCAUCUUCAAGCCUUCUCUCUGCUUCUUCCCUGAAGAAGAAGAAUCCAUCAUCUCUCUCAUGGCAUGUUCCUCUCUCCAACAUCUUCAGUGUCACCGUCGCUACUCCUCAUCGUCUAGGCCAGAGGAGGGCUUCUUUCGUUAUAUUGUCGAUGGACGCGAAGCCUACGGUCCUCGUCGCGGAGAAGUUAGGUGAAGCUGGGCUUGAUCUCUUGAAGGGAUUUGCGAAUCUCGAUUGCUCCUAUAACAUGACUCAGGAGGAACUCUGUACCAAGAUCUCUCUCUGCGAUGCCUUGAUUGUUAGGAGUGCUACCAAAGUCACUCGUGAAGUGUUCGAAUCGUCUGGCGGCCGGCUUAAAGUGGUCGGACGUGCUGGUGUGGGCAUCGAUAACGUUGAUCUGUCGGCGGCGACCGAGCACGGCUGUCUUGUCGUCAAUGCCCCUACCGCCAAUACUGUUGCUGCUGCCGAGCACGGCAUAUCCCUCCUCACCGCUAUGGCUCGCAAUAUCGCCCAGGCCGAUGCCUCUGUCAAGGCUGGCAAAUGGCAACGAAACAAAUAUGUUGGUGUUUCACUUGUUGGAAAAACACUUGCUGUGAUGGGAUUUGGGAAGGUGGGAUCAGAGGUUGCCCGGCGUGCCAAGGGAUUGGGUAUGCAUGUUAUUGCCCACGAUCCCUAUGCACCUGCAGAUCGUGCUCGUGCAAUCGGUGUUGAGCUGUUGUCUUUUGAUGAAGCUUUAGCAACAUCAGAUUUCAUCUCAUUGCACACGCCUCUUACUCCUGCUACAUCAAAGAUAUUCAAUGAUGAAGCUUUUUCAAAAAUGAAGAAAGGAGUUCGAAUUGUCAAUGUUGCUCGUGGUGGAGUGAUUGAUGAGGAUGCUCUUGUGAGGGCAUUGGA